AUGCCCAAGACACGAUAUGUGCAGUCCCUUACAAUCUCCGGACGAGAGCUUGACGCAUUUCGGGAGUCACAGGAUGCGGAGCAAGAUGCGACAUUAUCGAUCACGUUGAAAUCUAUGAGUGAUGUUGAAUUUUAUGUGGGGACGAUGCGUUUCAAGCCAACACUGCCACAGCGAACUAGGCAGACGAGUCGCUCUGAUCCUGACGAAGGUGAUGUUACUACUUCCAUGCAGCAACCGGAACGAGGUGGAAAUGAGGCAGGACCAUCAUCAACUGUGUCUAGUGACGGUCUAACCACUUCACUGGCUAGAGAAUCUAGAUCUUCAGGUGCACAUCGAAGAAAGAGACCUGUACCAAAUAUUGCUGUUGCUUCUGCAAAAAGAACAAAGGAAGCAACCGGACAGCAGCACGGUAGGAAGGAAAGAGAACAAAACAGAGAUUCUGUGAUGAGUGGAGAUGAAGUCUAUCAGACGUCUUCUGAAGGUGUUACUACGCCACCGGAUAAAUCAGGGACUUGUCAAAGUGAAGAAGUUACUGAAGCAGUUGCUAGGACGGCAGAUGAGGAAAAAAGUCAAACGAAGAAGAGAUCCAUGUCAAAAUGCAAAGAAAUGCCGUCAGACACAAUGAACUUGAAGAUGUGUGAUCUUCUGUACUAUAAUCCAAAGAGUAACCCAAUGAAAAAGACAAUCAGUGACGGUGGAAGGAAAAAGUACAGCAAGACCAGACUUGAAAAAGAUCUCAAAGAAACAGAAACAGAAACCGAACAACCAGAUAAUGAAGACAUUAGCAAUGAUAAUAGUGACAUGGUUGUGCCUCGAGUAAAAGUUGGACCUGAUGGAAGUAUUAUCAUUGAUCAGGAAAGUUUAGUCUUGCAGCCAACAAGGCCGCGCUUGAUUGAUCUACCCAGUGAUGGUGAUGUUCAGGAAGAGGAAGGUCCAUUGAUCACAUCUGCUUCAUUUCGUAAGCGCACUUCUACUACUAAAGCAUGGACCAAGGAGGAGACGGAGCGUUUGUAUGAAGCUCUUAGUAAAGUGGGCACUGAUUUUAGUCUUAUGGUUGGCAUGUUUCCUGGACGGACUCGUAAGCAAAUCAAAGCAAAAUUUAAACGAGAAGAGAAAUACAGUUGUGCUCGCAUAAAUGAAGCUAUUAACAAGAGUGUACCGCUUCAAGAGUCAACGUUUUCAAGUCUUGCUCUGAAGGCUGUGGCAACAGCACAACCACACAAAGACAUGUAGUAUGAUAUCAGAUUUGCGAAUUUGACAACCCUUAAUUUUCCAUAUGGAGUGACAUGAAAGGCUGGCUUUGUUUCCAUUUGUGUAGGCACAUAUAUCAGAAGCACUAGUAGUAUAUUUUUAUGCAACUGGUGCAGUUUGU